GCGGGCUUAGCGCCGGUGAUGUUGGUCUUUGUUUCCCUGGCGUUCAGGAUCUCAAUCCUUGUACUGUUUGCGUUCUUUGUCUGCUUCAACCCUAGAAGCCAAGGUCAUCCUCGUUGUCUUGGAAGGCUUGGCAAGCUCAGAUCUUGCUCUUCUCACCAUGCUACUAUAGUCUAACAAAACAGUGUGCUACUAAAUUAUUAGGCUUAUACUUGCCGAUUUAGCCGCGAGCAUACUUGGUUGAUAGUGGUAUAUCCCCUUAUUGAACCUGCUAUCGAGCCUUAGAGUGUCGGACAGAGACAAGGCUACUUCAGAUACUCCAAUCAGUCAAUCUAAAAGCCCACAUCAUGGCGGCAAAUUCCAAAUAAAAUCCAAGUCCAAAUGCGCCGAAUCCAAUCCAUAGUCCAACUGGCCACUAUCAUCCCAAGUGCCAAACGGUGCCAUCAGGGGAUCAAUAGGCAACCAAAGCCAAUCAUCCCCACCCUCGUCUAACUGCCCGAGCAUAGGGUCAUGCGAUCCUUGGACUAGUUCCGUG